UCCGAUAAUAUACACCAUUAUAGUUGAGUCUCCUUAUUAUUACUUCGUGUUGUCAACAAUUGAUACUUUUAUUUUUUACUCGCAUCUUUAAGAAUAAUAAUAAUAAGUGCAUAAAUUAAAAAACAGUAAAUAAUUGUAUUCUAUUUAAAAUAGUAUAUUUUCUAAAGAAAAUAGAGAAGAAAUUUAACGAUUAUUCACUUAGGGACUCAGUCAAAAUUUUUAUGAGAAAUGAAGAAAUUUAAACGUGCUCAGGCGGAGAAUCGGGCAGCAAUUGAAAAGCAUUUAGAAGCAAAUGAGUUUAUAGAUUCCUCGAGUGAAGAAGAAGAAGAAGGCGGAAAUGUUUUAGAUGAAGCUGUGGGUAAAGUUUUAUCCUCGUAUCAAGUUGAAGGCGGUGAUACAGAGAAAACUUUGUCUUAUUUGAGUGAAGUUUUGCAGUCAGGAGGAGCAAUUUGUUUAAUUUGUAUCUCAUCGGUGAAAAAAACAGAUGCGAUAUGGAAUUGUUAUGAAUGUUUUACUUUUAUGCAUUUACCAUGCAUUCAACAUUGGAUUCGUGAUAGUUUAACUUAUAAAAGAGAGAAAGGAAUCAAUCCUCAGUGGGCUUGUCCAAAAUGUCGCACUGAGUAUAAAGAAAAUGAAAUACCAACAAAAUAUAUUUGCUUUUGUGGAAAAUCAAUUGAUCCCCCAUAUCAACCAUGGUCAAUUCCACAUUCAUGCGGUGAAUCAUGUGGAAAAUAUCUUCAACCAAAUUGUGGACAUAAAUGUCUUCUUCUCUGUCAUCCAGGACCAUGUCCACCUUGUCCAAAGACAGUCACUGUCAAAUGUUUUUGCUGCAAACAACCAGCUCGCCCCCGUCGAUGUAACAUGAAAGAAUGGAGCUGUGGAAGUAUUUGUUCAAAAAAAUAUAAAUCAUGCCCUCACACUUGUCAAAUGGAAUGUCAUAAAGAUGAUUGUCCACCUUGUACUGAAAUUGUACUUGCCUCAUGUAAUUGUCAAGACAAAAUUAAAUCACUUCCAUGCAAUGAAUCAAUUUGGUUUUGUGAUAAACCAUGCGGUCAAAGUUUUUCAUGUAAUGUUCAUUUUUGCGAAGGUCAUUGCCAUAAAAUUGGCGAUUGUAGAGAAUGUCCAGUGGAGAAAAAUCGCACAUGCCCAUGUGGUAAAAAAAAAUAUUCCGUCUCAUGUAAACAACAACAAGUGCCAACUUGUGGCGAUACUUGUGGCAAACUUUUAGAUUGUGGUCAACAUUUUUGUAAUAUGAGAUGUCACACGGAAAAAUGUGGACAAUGUUUAGAAGUGGUAAUGAAAACAUGUCGUUGUGGUAAUUUUCAAAAAGAAAUUGCCUGUACAAAAGAUUUUCAUUGUAAUAAAAAAUGCACACAAUGGAGAUUAUGCGGUAGGCAUCAUUGUAAUAAAAAAUGUUGCGAUUGUUUAAUUAAAAAUACAUUUAACAAUUGCGAGAAGAUUUGUGAUAAUCAAUUAAAUUGUCAAAAACAUAAAUGCGCUGCUCCCUGUCAUAGUGGUCCAUGUUAUCCGUGCACUAGAAUUGAUGUUAUUCAAUGUCGUUGUGGAAGUAGUAAAAUUACCGUACCCUGUGGCUCAAUGAAAAGAAUUAAGCCACCAAAUUGUAAUAAACUUUGUAAAAUACCGCCAGUUUGUCAUCAUUCAAAACGUGAAUCGCAUAAAUGUCAUCGUGGCGCUUGUCCACCGUGUAAGAAAAUUUGUGCUCUUGUUCAUAAAAAAUGUGGACACUCGUGUCCUUCUGUUUGUCAUACAAAAGUUUGGAUAAAAAUAAAAAUCAAUGCUGAUUUACCACCGAUUGCACCUUGGGAUAAUAAUCGAAAGGAACAUUGGAAAAUGAAAACACUUCCAUGUCCACCAUGUGAAGUUUCUGUUAUGGUCACUUGUCUUGGUGGACAUGAGACAUUACCGUGGCCUUGUCAUAAGGCAAUUCCUAGCUCAUGUUUAAGAGAAUGUGGAAGAUUGUUGACUUGUACAAAUCAUAAUUGUGAAAAAUUGUGUCAUAAAAUUUAUUUAAACGAUAAUGAUGAAGAUAAUGCUAAUAAUGAUGAUGAUAAUGAUGAUGAAGAUAAAUGUAUGGUAUGUGAGAAAGCUUGCGUUAUUCCAAGACCCGAAGGUUGUAAUCAUUCGUGUUUGAAAGUUUGCCAUCCGGCUCCUUGUGCUCCUUGUAAACAACUUGUUCGAAUUGGAUGUCAUUGUGGUAUUAAUUUCCUAUAUAAACGAUGCACUGAACUUACUUCAGCAAAUAAACAACAGAAGGAUGAAAUUUUAAGAUGUGGUAAUCAGUGUCCAAAAAAUUAUUCCUGUGGACAUCGUUGUAUUGAUAUUUGUCAUUCUGGAUUAUGUUUAAAGGAGGACUUAUGCAACAAAAAAGUCAAGGUCUGGUGUAAAUGUAAAAGACUGAAAAAAGAAUUUUCUUGUAUUCAAAUUCGCAAUGGCAAUGGCAUUGUCAAGUGUGAUGAAAUUUGUCAAAAGAUAAAAGAUGAAUUAGAAAAAACACGUGAAUUAGAAAUAGCCAAAAAAAAUAAAGAGGAGGAAUUACGUAAUAAAAAAGAAAUAGAAAUGUUUGAAAAGAAAUUUAAACCAAAACGUAAGAUAAAAGAUCGAACACAUCAAAAUGACAAAACCAAAUCUGGUUCAAGAAAUUGGACAAAAUAUUUAAUUUUUGCAUUGAUAUUCUUAAUAAUUGCAUUUGCAAUCACGUAUUAUUUUACUCAAAUUUAAAUUUUAUUGAAAUUAAUAAUACAUAUAUAUUUCAAAUUUUUUUAAAAUAACCAAUCAUUUUAUUCUUCAAAACGAGUGAUAUUUUAAUUGUUUUAAAAUGAAUUUUAUCGAAAAUUAUGCAUAAAUUUCUUUUGAGACUGUGAUACUUAAAAAUCUAAUAUAUUUCACACUGGCUUGAAUUGUGUGUAUGUGUGAUAAAAUCAACGACGGACACAAUAGCGCAAAAUGUUUUUAAACAAUGAAUUUUUUCUUACAAAAAAACACGUUUUGAAUUUUAUAAUAUGCAUAAUAUUGUAAAUAGUAUUAAUAAUAUAUAUAUUUUUUUUCCUCAA